GAACGACCCAUUUCUUUUCAGGCAAUUCUCUAGCCACCACACAGCCGCCCAGGGUCCUUUCAUAAUAACAACAUGGCUGCCUUUUGUAGAGGGAGACACCGGUGGAAAAGGACUAAUUGUUUUCAUGUUUUGACAAGAAACCUGACAGGAAAGUAUGACUAUGACCUGGUGGUUAUUGGUGGAGGUUCAGGAGGCCUUGCCUGUUCCAAAGAAGCUGCACAGGUGGGACAGAAAGUUGCUGUUUUAGAUUAUGUGGAGCCAUCUGUGAAAGGUACCAAGUGGGGUCUUGGUGGUACAUGUGUUAAUGUUGGCUGCAUUCCUAAGAAGCUCAUGCACCACACUGCUCUACUUGGCACUGCAGUCAAAGAUGCUAAGAAGUAUGGCUGGCAGAUCUCAGGGCCAAUCUGCCAUGACUGGGCCACCAUGGCAGAGGCUGUUCAGAAUCACGUCAGGUCUCUGAACUGGGGUCACAGAGUUCAGCUCCAGGACAAGAAGGUGAAGUAUCUGAACAUCAAAGGAAGUCUGGUGGAUGAACACACUGUUAAAGGACUAACUAAAGCAGGGAAAGAGAUGAUCCUGACGGCCAAGAACAUUGUGAUCGCCACAGGUGGACGGCCCAAGUACCCCACAAAUAUCCCUGGAGCAAUGGAGCAUGGCAUCACCAGUGACGACAUCUUCUGGCUGAAAAAGUCGCCCGGGAAAACGCUUGUGGUUGGAGCCAGCUAUGUGGCUCUAGAGUGUGCAGGCUUCCUCACCGGCAUUGGCUUGAACACCACAGUGAUGGUUCGCAGCAUCGCCCUCCGGGGGUUUGAUCAGCAAAUGGCAGGUCUAGUGACAGACCACAUGGAGGCAUAUGGGACCAAGUUUGCAUGGAAAUGUGUCCCAAAGAGAGUGGACAAACUCUCCACUGGCGCCCUGCAGGUGACCUGGACUGACACCCACACAGGCAACGAACACAAGGACACGUACGACUCUGUGUUAUGGGCAGUUGGCAGAGCCCCUGAAACCAAAGCCCUGGGCCUGGACAAGCUUGGUGUGCAACUCAACAAGGAGACUGGGAAAAUAGUCGUGGGCACUGCCGAAUCCACCUCAGUGCCAAACAUCUAUGCUUUUGGUGAUAUCGGCGAGGGUCGUCCUGAAUUGACCCCAACAGCCAUUAAAGCGGGAAAGCUUCUCGCCCGCAGGCUGGCUGGUCACAGCACUGAGCUCAUGAACUACGACAACGUGCCCACCACAGUGUUCACCCCCCUCGAGUAUGGCUGUGUGGGUCUAUCUGAGGAGGAGGCUGAGAAGAGGCAUGGAAAAGACGGCAUUGAGGUCUACCAUGCUUUCUACAAGCCUCUGGAAUUCACUGUUGCAGAGCGCGAUGCCAGCCAGUGCUACUUAAAGGUGGUAUGCAAGCGGGGUGGAGACCAGAAGAUCCUGGGUCUGCACUUCACCGGUCCAAACGCUGGAGAAGUCACACAGGGCUUUGCUUUGGGCUUCCAAUGUGGAGCAACAUAUUCCCACCUUUUGCAGACAGUAGGCAUCCACCCGACCUGUGCCGAGGAGGUGAUCAAGGUCAACGUCACAAAGCGCUCCGGCUUGGACGCCACGGUCACUGGCUGCUGAGGUUAAGCCCCUUGGUCUCUGAACACCAGUGAGCACGCAGGGUCCCUCUGUGACAGUAGAAAGAAGUUAGCCUGGGUUUAUCCUGCUCUUUCUCCUUGUCCCUCUCUUUCUAUAUGGGCUCGAAAUGCCCCUCAGUGCUUUCUGGGAUUUUGCUGCACGUCCUGUGCAACAGGGUGACUUCAUAGGCCAGUCAUGCAGGUCACUGGCUUCCCAAGUUAGUGUCCCUGACAUGUAAUAACCAAGACUAUGAUUAGCCCAUAUCCAUGCAUUUUGUGAGUGUAUGCUCUAAAAGCACGGGGCUAUAGAUCAGGUUAGUGAGAGCCUUGGCUGCAGAGCGAGCGUCUUUUAAAUAAACAAGCUCAUCAAUCAGGAUUAAGGCCUGCGCUCAGUGUUUUGUUGAAAUCGAACGAGAACCGUGGACCGAACCCUAACGUUUUUCUGAAUAUCUAUUCUGCAAAUAUUGUUGUUUCUCCAGCUGUACUUCCUGUCCAUUAGUCUUGGAGGUGACACAUACCAUAGACCCCCACAAACCCCCCCAUGACACUGAUGGAUAGCCACAGGGCCGUCGCCGCAGCGACACCGCCCCAUUUCCCAUGGAUACACACAAACAGUCGGUGGGCCGCCUGUCAGUCAGCCAGCUAAGACCUGGCCAGGGAGCCCCAGCUUGUAUAGGGCCCAGCAGACCCCUUCAUUUUCCUCCCAUGCCCUUCUCCAUCCAAAUGCAUGAAAGAAUACAGUGGGACUACAAACGUGCUGUCAAAAGCUGUGUGGAUGCCACAGCUCAGGCACAGGGCAACUCUACCUGUUGAUUACAGUGCUGUGAGAGCUCUGCUAUAACUACUACUCAGCCUCACCCAAAGGUGGCACUAUUGCCCUAAUUCUCCACUUUUUUCUGAGCCAAGAAUAGAAGACAGGAUAAAGUAGUCACUGGAUAAAACAUACACCUGAAUACAUUCAGGUUGCACAUUUAAUCCCUUUAAUCCCUAUAAAAGAUAUGUGCUUUUGAAUGAAGUUUGAAAGCAGACUGGCUUUAUUGGUGCCAAACUGAUAAGGGUUAUCUGUUGUGUAUUUACAUGGAUGGCAGGUUAGGCCUAAAGAGUCAUCACCCUUGAAGAUAAGGCAAGUUGUUUGUAUCAAUAAAGCAGUAAUAGACCCCCACAGUUUGUUCUCAAAUGUUCAACCUGCUGGCUGUACUGGACAUCUUGGGUUUAUUAAGUAGAGGAGGAGGAGGACUGUCAAUGAAGUGGGUUGCUACAGAAAUCAGGGGACCUAAGAGGAGGUUGCUGGGCGUAGUUUAUUUUUAUUUGAAGUCUAAUCUGCCCAGUCUGAUUAAUGAUUUCGAUGAGGGGAGUGACAGUGUGCAAGGAAAUGGAGAGAGGGUAAAAAAGAGAGCGAGAGGUACCAGGUUUAUUUGGACCUGGGCCAGAGGAGAGAGCAAGCUGAGUUUCAGCCCUGGUUAGGGAGGGAAGGGGGAUUCCUGUGUGCUCUGUUCAGGGCCGAGGUGCUGACUGAAGGACCCUGACCUCCGCUCAGCAGGAACAGCUUGACUCUAUCACUCGGAGCACAGAGGGCUCACAUGCUGCAGCGCUGCACGGCAGGGGCCUGGGGGGCUCAGGGUGGAGGGGGGGUAGGAUGGCCAGGGAACGGACAGAGCCAACCAACCAGCCAACCAACACAACACAGAGCGGUUGCAGUGUGUUUGCACAGGGUAAUUGAGUCUAUGUUCCUGUGCUUAACGAACCACUUCAGAGACCCCAGGGAAGUUAUUGAGGCCAUCGGUGUAACUGUAAUGUCCGUUUGCUUUUUACCCUCUACUUCCCUUCUGCUUUUUCUCAUUCGCUCUAUUAUUUUAUACACAGUAUGGCUGCUCACACGCACAACAUGGAAUAGUCAGUAUUUAAUUUUUUUUUUUUAAUAACAUGUCUGUCUCAUUUGAAUAUCUGUUCAUUGUUGUUGAUCAGUCACUCCAGGCCUAAGACUUGACCAGUUAGCCUCAGCUGUACCCCACGGGCAGGUUAGGGUUCAACUUUCAGGUCGGCCAGCUAAUGAUGACCUGCACUAAAACCCAAAACUGGGGAGUGCAGGCCUGAUGUCACCUGGCCGCCAACUUUAGUAGUUGUAAAUAGAGAAGUGUAAUUUUCCAUUAAAGCUUUGUUAUACAUAAUUUAUAUGUAAAGUAAUAACACAUUGGAAUGCACAGUGUCACCAUUAAAGUAAUGAUGUCCACUGA